AUGCCAAUGAGACCAUCAGGACAUAAAAAAUUCCUCCAAGAGGAUGUUAAAUCCAAUUCCUCGUCAAGAUCAGCUUCAAGAGUUAGAACACCUAAAGUAGAUGGCGAAGAAAAUGGGUCAUUAGAUGUGAAUUUUCAAAGCAUAGAAGAAUUAUUGACUAUGAAAUUAGAGUCUUUGCAAAGUCUCUUAGAGAAACAGAGUCUACAGGAUGAAAGUACUAUCACCGGUAAUACUGAUUCCCAAGAUUACAAACAAAAAUCUAUUAGUAAUUUGAACCAAGCUAGAAUUCAAUCAGGACUGACAACGAUAAAUGACAUUAUUCAUUCGUUGUCGAUGUCUAGAACAGAAGUCUCGUCGCAAUCCAGAGAAAUGCUUUUGGCGCAAUUAUACAAGCUCAUUGUUUCAAAGCCUUUGGUUGUUUAUAACGAAGAGAAUGCAGGCACUAAGAACUAUGUUUCCGAGGAUAAGGUUUUAGAGUUGAUUAAGUUAUUGACCAGUGGCGAUUACAGAUCUCCAAGUGAAUUUUUGUUAUUGUUUAGAUCUUGUAUUGGAUUAUUGGCAAGUGAUAUUGACGAAUUCGGAGAGUUAAUAUCCCAAGAUUUCUUAAAUCUUGUGCAAAGAUUAAUUCAAGAUCCUACAACGCAGACUGUAAAUAGUGAAAAUAAGGCUAGUGUGAUAACUGGGUAUACAGGUUUAUUAAUGAUUUUGCAUAAUGGGUCUUCGAGCUAUGGUAUUGAUGACAAAGUAACCUCCUUGAUAGAGUUAGCUGAAGGUUAUAAUGCCAGCUCGAAUACAUUAACAGCUCAGCUUAGAUCUGGUGAUAGAGAAUACUCGACAUUUUUUGCUGAAGAUGUUGAUAAGAAAAUUAUCAGUGAUUCUGUAAAUCAAGCAAAUGGUGAAGCGGCAGUUGCAAUCGCGGCAUUACAUGGUGCAGGGUGUCUUUUAACGUUAAUAGAAAGGGGUGAAUACUUAAAUGACUAUAUUACAGAUACUAUGCCAAAAUUAGUUGCAUUAGUAGAUAACGAGAACAUUGAAAUCGCUAAAGCUGCUGGAAGAAUUAUAGCAUUGUGCUAUGAGAUUUUUACCUACGACAAUAGUGGCGACGCUGAUGAAGAAACCGAAUAUAAUGCCAAUUCACCUUACUAUGAACAAGAAGAACUUUCUGCUAUUAUCGAGAGAUUAGCUAAUUUUUCUACCCACAAAAUUACUAAAAAGAACAAGAAGGAAACCCAUUCAAUUUUCAGAGAUAUAUUAUAUACCAUAGCAAACUAUACCUCCUAUGAGAAGAGAAUUGAAAUUUUGAAGAAGUCACCUGAAGGCAUAGAUAUAAUUAAUUCAUUAAUGGACUCGAAUUAUAUUAAAUUAUCAAAAACAAGAUCACUCGCUAUCAAUAGUUGGUUUCUUUACUUGCGGUUGAUUCAUUUGAAAUGGUGCUUCAGUUUUGGGGUCCAUAAUCAGCUCGUAAGCAAUGACACCAUUAGAGACAUUUUGAAAGAACCACCUAGUGAUUACCAAUUAAAAUAUGGUGGAAAUGAUGCCUAUGGCGAUGAAGACUAUGAUGACAGCUUUAAUAUUUCAGUGAGUGAUAAAUUUGCAACCGACGAUAAGAAGAGGACAGAGCAAAUCAGAAAAGCCAGAGUUAAUAAAUUAGCUGAAACAAUUGAAGAUUUGGAAAUCAAAUGA